UCCUCGGAGGGGAGAGCCCACUGCCGACCGUCCGAGCCGGAACCCUGUGUGUGUGUGUGUGUGCGCGCGCGUGUGUGUAUUCUGUGUGCCGGGCUGCAGCUGAACCACUCAGCCGUCCGGAGGUUUAAGGUGGGCGGAGACAGAAGAAGCCCGAGGAAGUCCUCCCGUCUGCAGCGACCGACGCACAGUGCAUUUCGGACUCGGCACCCGCACCCGUCCGAGGAGGGGAGACAUCAUGGCAACCACAACUUGUACGCGUUUUACAGAUGAAUACCAGCUGUACGAGGAGCUUGGCAAGGGGGCCUUUUCAGUGGUGCGCCGCUGUGUCAAACUCUGCACAGGCCAAGAGUACGCCGCCAAAAUCAUCAACACCAAAAAGCUCUCGGCCAGAGACCAUCAGAAACUGGAGAGAGAAGCCAGGAUCUGCAGAUUGCUCAAGCACUCCAACAUCGUUCGUCUCCAUGACAGUAUCUCAGAGGAAGGCUUCCACUAUCUCCUCUUUGACCUGGUGACAGGAGGGGAGCUGUUCGAAGACAUUGUGGCUAGAGAGUACUACAGUGAAGCCGAUGCCAGUCAUUGCAUCCAGCAAAUCCUGGAGGCCGUGCUCCACUGCCAUCAGAUGGGGGUGGUACACAGAGACCUCAAGCCGGAGAACCUGCUGCUGGCCAGCAAGUGUAAGAACGCAGCAGUGAAGCUGGCUGACUUUGGACUCGCCAUCGAGGUUCAAGGAGAGCAGCAGGCUUGGUUUGGCUUUGCAGGGACUCCUGGCUACUUGUCCCCUGAGGUACUGAGGAAGGAGGCGUACGGCAAACCUGUCGACAUCUGGGCAUGCGGUGUGAUCCUCUACAUUCUUCUGGUUGGAUACCCUCCGUUCUGGGACGAGGACCAGCACAAACUCUACCAGCAGAUCAAAGCUGGAGCGUACGACUUUCCCUCCCCAGAGUGGGACACGGUGACUCCGGAGGCUAAAAAUCUGAUCAACCAGAUGCUGACUAUCAACCCAGCCAAGAGAAUCACUGCCCAGGAGGCUCUGAAGCACCCAUGGGUCUGCCAACGCUCAACAGUGGCCUCUAUGAUGCACAGACAGGAGACCGUCGAGUGCCUGAAGAAGUUUAACGCCAGGAGGAAACUCAAGGGUGCCAUUUUGACCACCAUGCUCGUCUCCAGGAACUUCUCUGUGGGUCGGCAGACCACAGCGCCGGCGUCCGUCAGCGCUGUGGCUGGAACCACCGCUGGCAUCGUGGAGCAAGCAGCCAAGAGUCUCCUCAACAAGAAGGCUGAUGUCAAGCCGCAGACGAACAGCACGAGAAACAGCACAGUCACCAGUCCCAAAGGACACGUCUCUGCUGCACUGGAGCCUCAGACUACUGUUAUCCAUAAUCCAAUAGAUGGGACCAAGGGAUCAUCUGACAGCAGCAACACCACCAUUGAGGAUGAAGAUGUGAAAGCUCGCAAACAGGAGAUCAUAAAGAUCACCGAGCAGCUGAUCGAAGCUGUCAACAAUGGAGACUUUGAGGCGUAUGCGAAGAUCUGCGACCCUGGCCUGACCUCGUUUGAGCCGGAGGGGCUGGGUAAUCUGGUGGAGGGAAUGGACUUCCACAGAUUUUACUUUGACAAUCUCCUCUCCAAGAACAGCAAACCCAUCCACACCACCAUCCUCAACCCUCACGUGCACAUGAUCGGGGACGACGCCGCCUGCAUCGCCUACAUCCGCCUGACGCAGUUUGUCGACGUGCAGGGCCAUCCCCGCUCCAGCCAAUCAGAGGAGACCAGAGUAUGGCACCGCAGGGAGAGCCGGUGGCAAAACGUCCACUUCCACUGCUCAGGAGCUCCUGCUGCCCCACUGCAGGGAUGAGGUCUACGAGACUGAAGAGGAGGCCGAGAGGAGCAGAGAAGGAAUCCGUGGAUAAGAUCUGAGAGAGCAGCAAGGAGAGAGAGAGGUGCAGGCGGAUGCAGGGGGGGCUAAAAGGAGUCUGAAGAGUCUGAUUUCUGGGAUCGUGGUCGUCCUCCUGCACUCUCCUCUCGCCGUCUCUCCACAUACAGUCACACCGACGCUCCCAUCAUUAACCCUACACUACAGCAGUGGGCAUAUAUCAGCCAAAAGAAAA